UAUGUCUGUUGCACAGUGCUAUAGAAAACCCUAUAAGAUUAAUGGAUAAGUGACAGUUUGCUUAUUUUGUAUACAUCAUAGGGAUCAGUUUUUGUUACUUUUUCUCUUAAUAACAACCUAAAACUAGAGUAGGGUGGGUUUCCACUGGAAGCCAUUCCUCUUUAAUGUUUACGUUUAAUAAACCCUGACCUUUGAACUUUAAGAGUUUUUUUAUGUACUAACCUCUUGUAGAGAGCUAGAUUUCAAUGGUUCAAACAUUGAAAAUGGCAAAUAGAAUGCGGACACUGUGCCUGUUUUAUGUAAUGCUUCUAUUUCAUCAAGUAGAACAAAAAGUGUUCAUGUCUUCUAAAAAUGCAAAGCAAGUACUUCAGAGAUCCAGACGAGCUAACUUUAUUUUAAUUGAGGAACUGUUGAAAGGAAAUUUGGAAAGAGAAUGCCUAGAAGAAAUAUGCUCCUAUGAAGAGGCAAGAGAAACAUUUGAGAACAAGCAGAAGACUGAUCAUUUUUGGGAGAAGUAUCAUGGUGGAAGACACUGCACCUUAAGUCCUUGCAUGAAUAAUGGUAUAUGUACAGACACGAUACGUAGCUACACAUGUAAAUGUCCUGAAGGCUAUGAAGGAAACAACUGUCAUUUUGCAAAAAAUGAAUGCCACCCUGACAGGAAAGAUGGAUGUCAACACUUCUGUCACCCAGGAUAUUUAUCUUACUAUUGUUCUUGUGCUCAGGGUUACAAGCUUGGCGAGAAUGACAAGUCAUGUCACCCAGCAAGUGCUUUUGCAUGUGGUCAAUUGAUUGAUAAUGAAGAGAGUAAAUCAACAAAUUCAAAUGUUCUUCACAACAAUCAAACACAACCAUUCCCUUGGCAGGUACUAUUACUCAACUCAGAAAGAGUACCAUUUUGUAGUGGAGUGAUAUUGAACCAGUCUUUAGUACUGACAACAGCAAAGUGCAGCAAUAUGUACAGCACUAUUUAUGUAAAGACAGGUAACAUGGGGAAUACGGAAUCUGGUAACCAGGACAACAUUGUGAUAAACAAGUUUGCCCACACAAGGUAUUGUGAGGAGACUGGAGAAAAUAACAUUGCUCUGUUAAAGCUUAAGAAUGACUUUGAGUACCACAGCCACUGUCUUCCUGUUUGCAUUCCUCAAAAAGACUUUGCAGAGAAUGUGCUGAUACCUCAUAAGACAGGUAUAGUUAGCGCCUGGGAGCUCUCGGAGGAAGAGGCUGUGCCAAGGACACUUUAUCAGUUUCAAGCAUCUCACAUUGACAAAGAUAUGUGUGAAGAUGUUUUAAACAUUACACAAACUAACAGAAUGUUCUGUGGGGUUUCCAAAAAAGAAAUACAGUCUGAUCUGGCUGAAGGAGGCCAUUUUGUUGUGGAACACAAUGGCGUGUGGUUCCUCACAGGCAUCAUGGGAUUAUGGAGUCCGACGGCUAAUAAUCAAGACAUGAUUUCAUUUACCAAAAUAUCUAGGUAUAUAAUGUGGCUAAAACAAAAUAGUUACUAAAUUUUAGUACACAGUAAAAUUAUAAUAGGUGACUUCAUCUGUAACUAUCUGAUGGUCUGAUUACAUUUUAUGGAUAUUUUUUUCUGUUCAAGAUGCAAUUCAAAUUCUAGGGUAACACAUUUCUAUAAUAUAUUAACAUUUCUUAAACAUUAGAAAUAUUUAUCAAAAUUUCAUUUUUUUUUCUGUGAAACCUUUUUUGUAGGCAAAUGUAUUUUUAAAUGAAUAUGGUAGAUGUGUACUCCAUAUUAGCUACUGUAACCAUAGUUCAGCUUGCAUAUUUGUAUUAGAUUAGGGUAAAACAUAUAUAUAUGCUAUUAAUUUCCUAUUAAUUAUACAAAUAGGAUAUAAAGAAAUAUUGAUGCACUGUAUUUUUGUAAAUUAUAUGAAUCUUAUUUAGUGAGUAUGUUGACAAAUUCACAAUGUUAAAAAUAUAAAAUAACAAGAUGUUAUGGACCAAUGAUCUUCUUUACCUAAUUUUUUUUACAUUUUAUUCAGAUAUUCCAAAAUUUCCAUUGUGUCACAUGUCAAACAUUUAAAACAUUAAAUAAAUAAAAGACACAACAGCCUUUUUAAAGGGACAUUAAACUGUGGGACACUACUUCAGCAGAAUGGGUAGUACUUACAAGAAUGCCUAAGUGUCAAGAUUCACCUACUGGAACCAGUAAGGGGUAAAAAUAGGAGAAC